UUUUAAAAGAUUGGUUUAAUAGUUUGGUUGAAAAAAAUUUUAUAUUUAUGGGUGAGAUUGAAAAGAAAAAGAUUUUAGAUAAUGCGACUUAUUCAGAAAUUGUUACUUAUAUAAAUGAAUUUGAUGGUUUGCCCAUGGAUUGCGGAUUAGAAUUGCAUAAGGUUUUUAGUGGAAUUGAUGGGCGAACGUUAGAGAGCAUAUUGAGCACCGAGAUUCGCAGAAAAGUGAAAAGUAUUUAUCAUAAAUGGGCGAUGAAAUCCUCAGGCUUAGCAUUAAGUUUUGACAAAAAAGCAUCUACAAAUCCAUAUAAGUCUGAUAUUGUUGUAAAUAUGGCAAAAGAAACCGGUCUUACACCAAGUAUGAUAAGCAGACUUUUAAUUGCAGAAAAAUUUAAAAAUAAAAAGAAAAGUGAUAUAGCAGACAUUUUAAAAAAAUCACAUUUGAUACCAGAUCCGUCUUUAGCAUUAAAUAUACAAAGUGGAAUUUGCAGUGAUAAUUUAGAUGGACCCAUAGCUGAUAUGAUUAGACGUUAUGUCGGAGAAGAGUUUGAAAUUCGUUUAAAAGAUCAAGCAAAACAAGCUGGAUUACACUAUUUAGAUGAAGCAGUAUUGAGAAGAACUGGUUUUGAUAAAACUCCAGAUUUAAAAUUAGCAAUACCAUGUCUAUAUAAAGGUAAAGAAGUUAAUUGGAUUGAAAGCAAAGCAUUAUUUGGAGACACAAAAACUCAUCGACAAUAUUUAGUUCAACAGUUAUCAAGUUAUUCAAACAGAUUUGGUCCAGGUAUAAUUAUUUAUUGGUUUGGCUAUCAAGAAGAAAUACAUCAAUUACAAGAAAAUUCAGAGGGAUUAAUAAUACUUGAUGAUUUUCCUGAUAAAAGUCAUAUAGAAUUACUAGAAAUAAAAUAAAAUAGAAUAGAAAAAACA